GUUAGUCAUAACUGGUGGCCAGCAGUCUGUUCCGCACGCCAUAUAUAGCUCUGGCUUCGUUAAUAGUUUAACGAUGUUACURUGUAUUCCUCGGCAAAUCUCUUAGCGACCGAUGUAAUCCACAAGAAUUAAUAUCAUUUUCAAAGGAUAUUUGAUGCAGAUUCACCAGYGAAAUGGUUUUCAUUUGACAUGAGGGUUUUUGUGCUAUUCAAUGGCGAACGCCAUUGCUUGGAUGUUCAGUCUGGGCAAACAGUCGGUGAAAUGAARCAAAUGCUUCGUCGUAAGUUUGACUUAGAUACUGUACAAAAUGAGGACAAGGAGAACGAUUUAGUCAUGAUCAUUCGUUUUGCUGGGGGCUCUCUCCUUGACGAAUGGAUUUACAGCGAUUUGAAUAUCGCAUCUGGAGUCACUUUGAAAUGCGAGCUGGUUGAAAAYGUCAAAUCGUAUCUCAAUGUGUAUUGCGUGUAUUCCGGCGAGACGAUAAAAUUCACCGAAGCGUUCCCUGUGUAUGACACUAAAGUAAGCGAUYUACGAUCAAUGAUAAUGGACAAAACUGGCUUGCAUGUCAGCGUAUUUCGCUUAGUUACACAACAYGAUGAAGUUGAAAUGUUCGAUUGCCAUUAUCUCAAAGAUUAUAACAUCAAUAUUGGUGAUACACUACGGCUAGAGACUUGGGACGGAUGGGCAAACUUCUUGAAAGCGGCAACGAAAGGACACUUAACACCGACAUUAAAAUACAUGGUUAGUUUAAAUGACGAUCCACUCGUUGCUAAAUAUCAACUACGAGUUGGUCUGUUUAUUGCAGCACAUUAUGGCUAUCAUCAGUUAGCCGCAUUGCUGCUGAAAUCAGGUGCGAGAUCCGAUGAACCUGUAGGAGAACACCCGAUAAGAGAAUGGUGCAAUAGAGAAGUUCAUGUUGAUCAUCUCAAAACUCCUGUCCAUCAAGCAGCACAAAACGGAAGUCUAGUUUGUCUGCGACAAUUCGUCCAUCACAACUAUGCUUGCAUACUGGUCAAGGAUGGUAAUGGCUUAACACCUUGUAACAUCGCAAGGAGAUUCAAGCAAACUGAGUGCUUUAAGCUCUUGAUCGCCGAGCAAUUUCGCUCUCGAAGUAUGGAUGGUUUGACUAUAACACUUUACGCCAAGAUYAAGAAAUGGAGCGAACGUGCGAAAGACAGAGCGUUAAUAUUCCAUAAACAUAACCCCAGCCCACUUCUGCUUGCCAUGGAGAAACGGACAUAUAGAAAAGCUGCCGUAGGACAGAAGGUCUAUGUUGACGGAUAUGGRAAAAGACUUCAAACGUCAGCUUCAAAAAUUGAGUUUUCUUUAGUUCAAAGCGACGCAAGRAAGAAAUCCCAACACGAGACAGGUGAAUCAGAGAUUAAUUCAAAAACAUACAAACCAAUUACAGGUCUACAUUUAAACACUGAAAGUCGCAAUGAAAAUUUAUUGUUUUUAAAAGAAAAAUCGGAGUUUGAGGAUUUUGAAGGCUCGAGCGAAUCCUCUUGGGAAAGAAGCUCACAAAAUCGCUCAAAGACGCAAUUAGCAUCGCGAAAUUCGAAUGAAUCUUUGCCAGCUGUUUCAGAGUCGCGUUGCCAUGGUAUGAUUUCCAAACAAGAAACCAUUGAGAAUAAUCAACUUCAMAUCACAAAUUCGAAACAAAAAYACAAACARAAACGAAUUAAACAUAACUCAUAUCGAUGGAAAGUAUCGACAGAAAACGACGAAAAAUCAACUGAAAAGAACCYGAGUCCAACCGAGGGACGUAUGACAGUAAAAACUCAKRUUUUAAACGGAUCAGCAAGCAGUUUUUCUCAUAGCCAUAACAAUAGUAGUGRAAAUUACAACCCGAAACUACCUGAACAUGACGGYCACCAGGCGAAAAAAGACCUGGCAGAUAUUGAAAGAGUGUUUGUGACAGAGACUUUACUUGAYAUUAAAGAUAAACCAACAAAGGCAGCUAACUCUUGGACUCCCGACAGAGAGGAAGCAUCUAGAAACGAAGAAAAAUGUCAAACGCAUACACCGAGGAUGCCGCCAAUUAAUCCAAUUCGAGCCAUUCAAAGCCCGGAAUCGUUGAAUAUUCAACAUAAUUACAAGAAAUUAAUAUCGAGAGACAACUCAGAUAAGCGGAGAAGCGAAGAUAAUGUCGUUAGGAAGUCAGAGGCUCUUCAUAAAGGAAGUGUGCGUAAAAGAACAAUGAGUGARGACCCMGCUCUCCARUCGACUKCAUUGUACCGUCACGUGACAGGWCUCGGGAUACGAGAAUCUGCCCGAGCGAGUCUCGAAGUUGCGACGACUUUUAACAAAAUGUCYUGGCUUCAGCAAGUACAACUUGCCAUUGACUUGAACAAAAAUACGUUUAAACGAAGUGUAUUCCUUUCUAAAACAACAAAAUGAUUCUUCACGUAUUUCUUCACGUAUACAAGAAAUCCACAUUCUUAAAAUACAAAUGUAUUUUGUAUAUUUAUUUUUUUUUUUUUUGAAGUCAAUGUUUUUUACUUUACUCAGCCGGAUAGUUUUUAUUUUGAAUUUUCUUCAAGACCAAUUGCGAGAUAGAAUAAAAAUAUAUAUCAUGUACUUWUUAGCAAACAUUUUUUUUCAAUUUAUUUUUGAUAUAAUAUCUUUAGUAUCACAUACACAAUGAACAGAAUAAAACUGCAACUGCAACUCAAAUGGUCYCCACAUCUCUGACAGUCGUUUUGUCUCACAGACGAGAGUCAAUCAAUGAUGACUGAAUUGGCUGACCUCGCGGGCUUCCUGUGUAUAUUUUAUGUGUUCGUGACAAAGUUUGUAUUGUUUGCUUACAUACUGUAGCUCAAGUGUUAUUGUAAAACUGCUGGACCCAUAUAUGUACUGCGCCGUUUACAAUUAAAUAAAAAUCUUCUGAAAUUAAAU